AGACCAGAGACGGACCGUCUCGUUAUGUAUCCAUGAGACACACAGACAGCAGACAGAUACACACGCGCAUUGCCGCCGUUCAUCAGUCCUUCGCUGCGGGGAUCGGAUCGUGCUGACGCCUCUGGACCCUCGGUGACUUGGUGAAGUUAGACCCUGAGGGCGAGUGUUGCCUCUCUCUCGCACUUCAACGUCUGUUGACAGUUUGGUCAUGGCGUCCUCCUUGAUCAGCCGCCACUUUGCUCUCUCCCUGCAGAAAAACCUAUGGCUCAGUGCUCCAGGCUGCAGACAUGUUAGUAAGGCGGCACCACAGGCCCAAGUGGAGUUUGACUUCAAUGGACCCUCCAUGAAGACUGAAGUUCCUGGACCACGAUCACAAGAGCUGACAAAACAGCUGGGAGAGAUCCAGAAUGUUGGUGCUAUCAACUUCUUCUGUAACUACGAGGAGAGCCGGGGGAACUACCUGGUGGAUGUGGACGGCAACCGCAUGCUAGACAUCUACACUCAGAUCUCCUCCAUCCCUAUUGGAUACAACCACCCGGCGCUGCUCAAACUCAUGUCCAAUCCUAACAAUCUGAGUACGCUCGUAAACCGACCAGCCCUGGGAAUCCUGCCGCCGGAGAACUUCCCCGACAAACUCACUGAAAGUCUUCUCUCAGUGUCUCCCAGUGGAAUGACUCGUGUUCAGACGAUGGCCUGCGGAUCGUGCUCCAAUGAGAAUGCUUUCAAAGCCAUGUUUAUCUGGUACAGGAACAAGGAGCGGGGCCACAACACACCGUCUGAGGAAGACCUCAGCUCCUGCAUGGUCAACCAGGCCCCAGGUUGUCCAGAACUCAGUAUCUUAUCUUUCAUGGGAGCUUUCCAUGGAAGAACCAUGGGUUGCUUGGCAACAACACACUCCAAAGCAAUCCACAAGCUGGAUGUGCCGUCAUUUGAUUGGCCGAUCGCUCCGUUUCCCCGACUGCAGUACCCGCUGGAGGAAUUCAGCAGAGAGAAUGCACAGGAAGAGGCUCGCUGUCUGGAAGAGGUGGAAGAUCUGAUCGUGAAAUGGAGGCAGAAGGGGAAGCCGGUGGCCGGGAUUGUUAUUGAACCAAUCCAGGCUGAAGGUGGAGAUAACCACGCCUCCCCAGACUUCUUCAAAAGCCUCCGCAACAUUGCACGCAAGCAUGGAUGUGCUUUUCACGUGGAUGAAGUCCAGACUGGCGGAGGGUCCACAGGAAAGAUGUGGGCCCAUGAGCACUGGGGCAUGGACGAUCCUGCUGACAUUGUCUCCUUCAGCAAGAAGCUUCUGACCGGUGGCUACUACCACAGGGACGAAUUACAGGCUGAUAAGCCGUACCGUAUCUUUAACACAUGGAUGGGUGACCCAUCAAAGAACUUGAUCCUAGCUGAAGUUCUUAAUGUGAUUCGCAGAGAAAACCUUUUGGAGGAAGUGACCCGUUCAGGAAAAGCCUUGCUAAACGGCCUUUAUGACCUACAGGCUCAGUACCCCGGCAUGUUGAGCCGAGCUCGAGGACAGGGGACCUUCUGUGCCAUUGAUAUCUGCGAUGACGCAACGCGCAACAGCAUCCUGCUCAAGGCUAGAGACAAAGGUGUCCUCCUGGGAGGGUGUGGGGAUCGAUCCAUCCGUUUCCGUCCAGCGCUGGUUUUCAAGGAGUACCAUGUUCACAUCUUUCUCAACAUUUUCAAUGAAGUGUUGGCCCAGCACAAGUAAAUCCUGACUGACACUGCACUGUCUGAGUUCAUCCAGAAUGGAGGAAAACUCCAGACAGUCCAUGUCACGAUAAGCACAAUCUACACAACAACUCCCACAGAUAUAUAAUAUAUAAUAAUAUAUAGCCUCUGUUUCAUAUCCAAUAUGCCAAUCUUCAUCUCCUUAGCCAGGAAUGAUAAUGAUAUCCUCUUACUUGCGCUGCCAUAAAGAUGUAUCCAGAAAAGCAUUCAGAACAGGUGCCUGUGGGUACUGUUGCAGUAAGUGAGAAUGUCAUGCUUCUGUAAAAUAAAUCUAUGGGAAUGCCCUCAAACUCCAGAAUCGUUCUCAUCUGGAUUCAGGUUCUUAUAUGUAGACUGACUAGACUCUGGGUGAAGACAUGCCAGAUUGAACAUCAUGUCAGUAAAUCGGGAACCUUCUGUUUCACACCCUUUACACAUUCAGAGGUCUGGAGCCAGGCUAAACAUGUGGCUCUGUUCCAGGUAGCACAGCAUUCAAUACAUGUAAAUAAGAAGUUGAAGGUCCCAACUCCUAAUAAACCUCACCUAACGGCUCCCAACAGCUUGCUUACAGCUUCUUUUAGUGCUCAUAUGCUGGCGUUAUUGCCUGACUCCCGGUGACUGAAGCGACUCUAGUUAGCCUGGAUGUUUGUUUUAUGAACACAGAGACAGAACUGUGUCAGUGAUGACUCUAUGUAGGAUGCCACUCUGCAUGUCAUUUAAUGCCGUCCAUUAGAAAUGUCCUUGUUAUGAUUAUGUGUGUUCUUAAUAGGAAUGACUUCUCAACUUGAAAUGUUGUAGCCCAGAAAAAAAA